AUGUGUCCCGGAGGAAAAGCACCAAGAAAGCAAUUGGCAACGAAAGCUGCUCGAAAGAACGCAAUCGUCGUCGGAGCCGUGAAGAAGCCGCAUCGUUUCCGUCCUGGAACUGUCGCUCUUCGCGAGAUCAGACGCUAUCAAAAGUCCACUGAUCUUCUUCUCCGCAAGCUGCCAUUCCAACGUCUUGUUCGUGAAAUCGCUCAAGACGUCAAACAGGAUCUUCGCUUCCAAUCGGCUGCAAUUCAAGCUCUUCAAGAGGCCUCCGAGUACUUCCUUGUCGGACUCUUCGAGGACACCAACUUGUGUGCCAUCCACGCUAAGCGAGUCACCAUUAUGCCAAAGGACAUGCAACUUGCUAGAAGAAUUCGAGGCGAACGCAACUAA